UCCUGCCUUCCGGGGCGGGGCGCGGCUCCUAGGCCGGUGCUGGCCCUCCGGGCGGGCACGCUGCAGCCCCCAAAGCAUCUCGGUGUGCCCGAAGCAAAGUCCCUGGGAGAACCCGGGAUCCUCCCUAGCGCGCUCAGCGGCCGCCACCCGGCCUCAAGGCCCGCUUUGCCACUGAUCGGCGCCGCCAGAGGUUGUUGCCUGCUGCCACCGCCAAGGAGACCUCCACCCCCGCGCGUCCUGAGAGACGGCGCCUACGCCGGCUCUGGCGGUGGGGACCGGCGGGGCGGAGCAGCGAGGAGGCCUUAGAAGGGAAUUGCUUUGAGAGACAGGUCGGAGACUGCUGCCCCUCAAGUCCUGCCUGACCAUCUGCCCCCAAGUCAGAUGUGAAAGUAAGGAAAGAACUAGAACACUAACAAACAUGCUUUGGAGCCACUGUGCCUGGGCCAUCAGAUUACUUAUUUGGUGUCUCGUGGUGUGUGUGAGCCUCGCACUGGAUGCUUCACCUGAUAUCCCUGGUGAACACUGUAAUUUCAAGAUGACAUUUGGAAAAUACCGGUCGAUCUUAUCAUGGGAGUUGAAAAACCAGUCCUUUGAACCAACUCACUAUGCAUUACAGUAUACAAUCAUGAGUAAAGCAGAAGGUUUGAAGAUUGUUGAGGAAUGUACCAAUGUCACCAAAUCGUCUUGUGACCUGACAGACGUGUGGCAGGACGUGCACGAGACGUACGUUCCUCUGGUGAAAGUAUUCAGAGGGAGAACACUGAUGGUUCAGUGCACUGAUUCCAUCACGGCCACGAACAUGUCUAUUGAGCCCCCAGACUUUGAGAUUGUUGGCUUUGCAAACCACAUCAAUGUGGCAGUGCAAUUUCCACUUAUGGCUCCCAAGAUCUUUGGGGAAGAACUCCAUAAACAGGCAUCACUCAUCAUCGACGAACACUCGGAGAACAUUGAUAAGAGGCAUGAACCCAAUAUAAAUGGAAGCUUCAGUGGAAAUUUCAGUUAUGUCCUUAACAACUUAAUUCCAAACACAAACUACUGUGUGUCUGUUUAUUUUGAGUCCAAAAGUUCAACCACAGUAAUAAAACCUCCCUUAAAAUGCAUCCUCCUUCAGGCUGGCCAAGUAUCAGGGACAUCAGAAUCUGUAAAAAUAGUAGCACUCGCUAUUAUUUUUAUAUCAGUGGCCAUAGGCGUCAUCUUAACACUGAGACAGAUUGGAUGUGUAUGCUUACACACUAAUUUUCCCAAAGUCUUGAUUUUUCGAAACUUUAUAACCCAGAGAGUUCCUGAAGUGCCACUGUUAGAAGAAGUGAAUACAGUGGAGGUCAUUUCCAUCAACAGAAAGAAGAAAGUGCAGGAUUCUAAUGAUGAUGAUGAUGAUGAUGAGAGUGACAGUGAAGAUGAGGCGCCCCUCAGAAUAAGUGGGGGUGGUUACACCAUACAUGGCCUGACCGGCCGGCUUCUGAGCCAGAUGCCUACCUCCUCAGCCACCUCCCAGGCCUCCCAUCUGGAAGACUCAGCCAAUGAGUCAUCUGAGGAGCCUGAAGAGGAGACACAGCCCCAGCCCCAGCCCCGGCCCCGGCCUCCUGCAGCACUAGGGCCCAGCCCAGGGCAGAGGGAACGCACAAGUGAGCCCUGUGAGAGGACCAAAGGCCCGCUCCAGGACCCCUGUCCCGGGGACAGUGACAGCAACUCCACUGGGGGGUCUGGGGACAAAAUUACCUUCAAUGUGAAUUUAAAUUCCGUGUUCCUGAGAGUUCUCCAUGAUGACCCAGAAGACUCCGAAGAAGCCAUGCUGGUGUUACCUCCUCCAGGAGAUACAGUCGACCUAGAAGAGGACCCCCAGGAGACACAAUCGAGCCUUCUGGUGGCAGGUGGGGAAAAGCUACAGGUGCUCUUCCCCAGCCUCCCUCCCGAGUGCCUGUGGACCGGAGAUGACCUCUCUGAUAAAAGUGACACCAGUGGUUCUGAUGCGGACGAUGAUGUCAGGGAUGGUUAUAUCAUGAGAUGACUCCUAAGUACUUCAUUAACCUGAACCGGGAAACACCUACAGGAUUCUCUCCUUGAGCCCUAAUCUGCAGCCUUGUGGUCUGCAAGUGUCCAGGGAGGAACGGAGUAGGAAACUAUGGAGUGCCCAGUUCUCCGGGUGACUUCAUCUAUGCAAAUUCCCACUAUGGGGAACAUAGCAUCGCUGCACUGUUUACAAGUUCAGAGUGACACACUUUGAAGGAGCCUGUCCCUUCCACUCCCGUAAUGCUGAUGUGUGUCUGUUUGUACAUCUGGUUUCCCCGGGUAAAGGCCCUGUUGGGUUUUCAAAGGUGCUUUGAGAAAUACUUAAAUUGAGCCAGGAUGCAAGGAGGGAAAGAAGAGGUAAACACUCAGGAGCUGCGGGCGGUGUUUAGCAAACGGAGACCCCUUUUCCCCAGAGGCUGUGGGAGUGAGCCUUUAAGCAUGCCGGAGAGGAGGCAGAUGCAUAAGAAACAAGCCCAGGGCAGCAAAGUAUCCCUCUCAGGUGUUAUGUUGGCUCUUCCCUCUCAGAACUCCAGGCACAGCCAUUUAUCCCGUGCUCCCUAGUUUAAGAAAAACACACAUGCAUUAAUAACUAGGAUCAGGCAGGUGAUAGGGAUAAAAUCUCAGUGCUAUAUUUGCAGUAAGUCUUACAAGAUCACACUUGGCAGUUUUAAGUGUUAUGUGUGCUGGUUCCACAUCCCCUAUUUGGAAAUACAGCUGCUGUGAAUCUGGAGGAAGAAGCGAGGUUGUAGAACAUGGUGUACCAAACAGUAUGUGAACUGCUGACAUUCUGCUGUGUGACCCUGGGUGUCUUGGCUUAACCUCUCUGAGUCUCGGCUUCUUCGUUCUUGAAAUAAGGGUAUUGCACGGGGCAGUUACCAAGAUCCUAUGAAGCUUGGAGAAGUAGGAGAAAAUAUAUGGGAAUACUUAGAAGUAUUACCGGGCGACUAGGCUCCCCCAGUGGAUGAAAGGUGUAGGAUAGGAUCCUCCUCUCUCCCUCCCUCACUCGAAGAGCUGGUUUCUCAGAAACCCCCGCAACAUACCUGGGCGGGGGAAUAAAGAAGGAAAUUCAAAAAGGGAGAAACAUCAGUUAUACCAGUCUUACUGUAAGGACCUUGAAUAGAUGAUUGGUGUACUUCCUCUGUCCCCUGCAUCUAUCGUGUUUUGAAAAUCUCCAGGAUGAUCCUUUGAGAUAAAUUUUCUGUGGCUGUACGUGUGAGCGCUUGUUUUUAAAUAUUUUUGUAUAAUGGUUAGCGUUUGCAUAUUGGUAAUACAAGAAUACUUUUUCAUACAAA